AUGAAAUCGAAACCUUUCUGAACAAUAAAAGCAGAACUUGUUCUUAUCAUCUUUUUCUUUACUCCAGACUCUGCAGCAAACCUCAACUCUGCAAUUCAACCUCGAACCAUGGCUUUUAACCAGACACUGUUUUAUAAUCCGAUAAUUCCCUUCACAGGAGCAAUCCAAGGUGGUGUGCAGGUGGGGAAGAUGAUCGCCAUCAGUGGACGAGUCCUGCCUGGAGCCAGAAGGUUCCAUGUGAAUUUACAGUCUGGCUCCAGGACCAAUGCAGACAUUGCUUUCCAUUUUAACCCCCGGUAUGACGGUGACUCUUGUGUGGUCGCCAACACCCUGCAACACGGCAACUGGGGCAACGAGGAGAGGAAGAGCAACUCCUUACUUCUUCCUGGCUCCACCUUCAACCUGCUCAUCACAGUCACCUAUGAUUCCUUCCUGGUGAAUAUCAACGGCAGCCACUUCAUGGACUACAGGCAUCGUAUUCCCUUUAACCAAGUGGACACCAUCUCUGUCGGGGGGACUGUUGACAUUUCCUCCAUUGCCUGUCAGAACAAUAUGCCUGCCUUCCCAACGUCUCCAGCAUAUCCUCCUCAGCCUGUCUUCCCAAGUUCUCCAGCAUAUCCUCCUCUUCUUGCCUUCCCAACUUCUCCAGCAUAUCCUCCAAUUAUUGGAUUUUCACCACAGCCAGGAUUUCCCACUUGUGCUGUUCCAUACAGAACCUCCAUCAACGGUGGAUUCAGACCUGGGAAGUCCAUCACUAUCCAGGGAAAUAUUCAGCCCCACGCCACAAGGUUCCAUGUGAAUCUCAACUUCAAUGGUGGCAUCGCUCUGCAUUACAAUCCACGUUUCAAUGAGCACGCUGUGGUGCGGAACACUAAGCAGGGGGUGCACUGGAGCGGUGAGGAGCGUGGUGGAGGCAUGCCCUUCCACCAGGGGCAGCCUUUCACGUUGACCAUCUGCUGUGAGAAUAGCUGCUUCAGGAUUCUGGUCAAUGGGAUUCAGGCUCACACCUACGACCACCGCAUCACUCCGGUCAGAAACAUUCACUCCCUGGAGAUCGACGGUGACGUCACGCUGACCUCUGUGACGGUGUAGAGAUCCAUAACCACCAAUACUUAUCACAUCAUCAAUGAAUCCAUGCUGAUUGAUUUGACUGGAUGCUGCAUAUUUUAUGUCCAGUGCUUUCAUACCAAUAAAACAUAUAUCAAUAACUUCUAUAUCAUCAUAUGCCAUACUUUGUUUUUCUACAAAAAAGGGAAAAUUGGUCAAGUUUGUUGUCUAAUGUUUGUGCUGUGCUUUAUGUUGUUUUAUUACUUUAUUAUGCAGCUAAGGACUUGAGACUGAGAUUUUAAUAAUAUAAGAGUGUGCUGUGUAAUCAUUAAUGCUUUGUGAAACAUUCA